UAAUAUCUGUUGUGAGCGAGAAAAGAUUUAAAACAAUUUCAGUUGUAUAGUCCGAAGAUGACAAAAAGUGUGAGUCAAUCAAAAAUUAAAAGUUAUUACAGUUGUCUCAUAUUUAUUUUAAGUAAAGAUGUUGGAAUUACGAAUCUUGUUAUUUGUUAAUUAUUGUGUCGUAGUUUAUUUGUGAAAAAUACAUUUUUAAUAUAUUUACAUAAUAUAUUACUAAAUUGAGUGCAUAAUUAGAAAACGUGAAUUUAAAAUAUUGUUUAUAACCCAAUUCUGAAAUUCUAUGAAAAAAAUAUACUAAUUUAUUGAAUUACCAAACAAAACUCCAAAAGUUUUAUCUGGCAACUUUAACUAACGAGUCAGCUGUUACUGACAUAUGCGUUUAUUUUGCAGUAAACAGCUGUUAGUAAAUUCUCAAACAGCAAAAACAAGUUGAAGAGAUUUCUUUCGUGUUUUGUGUUAUAACUUUUUUUGUGUGAAUCGUGGACAAAGUAAACAGUGAUAUAUGAAGCACUUCAAAGUAGAUGAAAACAAUCAAAAAUAAUGUCAUAGGGUAAAAUAGCAUAUUGAACCCGCAUAUCUUGCAAAAAACUCGAGGUUAGACAAGGAGUUGCUAACCGAAAUUAGAACCGAAACCGCUCGUAACGAUUGGCAGUGCAACCGAUGUAGAUAAUGAAAGUUUGGACGAAAUCAAUUUGAAUACAACUAUCGAAGAAACACAAUCGUCAACAAACCCCUCGUCCAUUGCAGGCAAUAUUGAUCCGAACGCAAAUCCACUCUGGUCGGAUGUAAACAAUCCGCCGACGGAUUCAAUACUUAGUCAAGCAGCCUCAUCAUUCUCGGCGCUACCAUCGGUGGCAUCAAGCGUCCUUUCCACAUUUUCUAAACGCAUUUCUGAGUAUUCAGCCUCCAAUAGCCGCGAGCGUACACCCACAAGUGAUAACGGCAAUUUAGCACCACAAUUAGACAUACAACCCGCGUAUUUGCAGCAACAGUUCCAAACGCAACCGCAACAAGAGCAACAGCAACAGUAUCCAUAUUAUAAUAUCGCGGCACCGCUUGCACCACCGCCCGUAGGCGCUGAUCCAGCGAGCGUUGCUGCCACACCAUACACAAGUGCCGUAAGUAGCGCAGCACCGCCACCGGCAGCACCGAAAUUUUAUACGCCCACAGAGGUGCCAACUUUGCCCACAGCUGGUGCAGCAAAUCUUCCACCUCCAGGGGGGCAGAAUACCUAUCGCUUGGCGGCGAAGAAGAAGUUGUACGCCCCCAUACCCGGAUUCUCGGAACACUCUAGUGGUGUUGGUGCUCCAGCGCCAGCAAUACCUACCUCGAGCACAGCCCCGCCAUUACAGGGCAUACCACCACUGCCACCACAACCUGCUGUGCCAACCGAUCCUCUUGGUAACCCACUACAAGCUUAUCCAUACGAGCCAAAUUACGAACAAACUGAAUCACACGCGCUGAAGCAGGAGGAACGCAAAACCGGCGGUCUUUUUUCUAAUAUUAGCAGUUUGGUGCCAAGUGGCGUGCUUCAGAACAUAUCUGGUUUAGUACAGUCCGCCACAGGCACUUUUGCGCAAGGCACAAAUAAGCUCGAAGAGUCUAUACAACAGCCGCACUACGGUAAUUCGGGCGCGUACCAGCAAUCACUUGUAGAACCUGCAAACGUUGAUGCAGCUCAAUAUUUUGGUGUUAGUGUAGUUGCACCUCCCGCACCACAAUUUUACCCCCCACCUGUAGAGGGUAAUCAGCUUGCUGCUCCAUUUUUCGCACCACCCCAGCAGUCGCCACUGUCGUCACAACAACAACAACAGGAAGAUAACUCUGCCCAAAUUCAAGCACCGGCAGCUCCAACAACUUCCCAACUAUUUGCGCCACCUGCGGUCGCAUCAGUCCAGGCUGUGCCACCACCUCCACCUACUGCGGGAUUUAUAUCUGGUCCACCCAAAAGUGCCACGCCGGAUUAUAGCAAACAACGUCCAUCCGCAUCGACAACCACACACACAUUCUUCGAUCCUACAAAACAACCGUCCACACCAGCCUCCUUCUUUGGUGUACCACAGCAACCAACCGUUAACCCAACGCCAGUAGCUUCAACCGAUAAUUCGAAUUUAUUAUCUCGUCCAGCACCGCCCGCAAAUAUUGCUGCCCCUCCAUCGGCAGCAUCAGUCCCCUCAGUAGCGGUUCCCACAUUUGAUUCAACACAAGAAGUAUCAACGCAAUUUCAACCACCAUCAUUGUUUGAGCCACCGUCGCAACUAAAUUUAACCCCGACACCAGCGCAAUUGUUCCAGCCACCAACUUCAACUGGUAUACCAUUAUUCCAACAAGGAACUGUUGGACUAAAUAUUCCCACACAGGUACCAACACUUUCAACAGCGGUAAAUUUUACUCCACCACAAUCCGUCGGCACACUUCCUCCGCCCGCAGCUUCACCAUCUGUUUCCAACAACCAAACUCCUCUUCCUCCAACAGCUGAUGGUACGACUUCAUUUCGUUUGCAGAAGGGUACGCGACUUUACAAGAGUCCUUUGACUUCCGCUGAGACUGCACCAGUUCAAAUACCGACUGGCAUAGCUCAGCCCCUUGCUCCUCCAACAAACUUUUACAAUCCAUUUGGAUAUACUGCGCCAGUUAGUGCACCCAACCCUGUCGCUCCACCACCAGUCCCAUCUGUAGUACCCAGUUAUUUCAUCGCUCAACCUGCAGAGUCUAUUGUCGGGCUCUUUACCGUUGAUAAAGCAGGACCCAUCCCUAAUAAAGACGUUGUAAUUCCGGAAUCACAACCGUUUUGCGCUAAUGUUAAUGCGAAUCAAGUUAAAGCUGAAGAGCCGCAAUCAUUCCCUGCACCUACCAGUGUAGUGGACAAAACCCCAGAAAGCAGUAUUGCUCAGUCUUUAACAGCGGAUGAUUUAGGAGCAAUAAUUCAACAACAAACUAUUGAACCGGAGAUAUUGGCGGUCAACGAUUUAGAGACUGAAGACCAUUUUGCCCCACUUGAGCCACCGUCUCUAACUAAGAAACAAGGUGAAUCGCUGCACGAAACUAUAGAUCAUCUCUCUUUAAGUGAUCCGCCACAGGAGAAAAAUAAGGAACAAGACUUUCAACUUCCUCAGAGUGUGCCAGCAUCAAUUGAAAAAGGAACUUCUGAAAGUGCACAAGAGUCCUCAUUAUUCAACCAGCAGACUUUUCAUUCCGACUACCCACAUACUGUGGAACCUAAUUUAUCUGAGCCACAAAAGUCGCAAAUUCAACAAGAAACUCAAUCUAAAACUAGCGCAGCCAUUGAAGAGCUACCGACAGCUGUAAAUAAACCAGAAAACUUAGUUCAGAAACCUUUCCUCGAAUCACAGGAUCAACAAUUUGAGCUGACCCCAGUUAAAGAAACCGAACUUCAAACUGCGAGUUUACCUUUCCAAGAACCUCAUCUUACCAAGCAGCAAAUCUCACUACCCCCACCAACGUCCACUCAACCUCAAGCAGUAAAUCCGCUUCUGCCACCAAUUCUGCCGGACGUCACUCGGCCGCCAACACAAAAUCAAAACUCCAAUCCAUUUCGUAAAAACGUUGGAGCUUCGCCAUUUGCGUCGAUUGCUCAGCCACACAACGAGACCCAACCGAAAUUAGCGAACUUCUUUGCCGAUGCGCUAGGCGUUGCCGGAUCUGGCACAGCAGAAUUCAAUAUAUUUACGCCGUCACAACAGCGGCCGUUGGUCGGCACCGCAGAGUCACAACCGUCUUUCAUUCCAACUGCAGAUCCAGUGCAAACGCCUGUAGCCCCUGCUAUAAUCCCCGCUUCUGCAGCUCCUGCUGCGGUGCCAAGCACAGCUGGCUUUUUCGACUGCGUUGAACCGACACAACCGAACUUCUUUCAACCCGUACCAGCGCAACAAAAAACCGAAUUCCCGUCACUGCCGCCACUUAGCGGUAUAGCACCCCCACCCCUCGCGUGCGAAGCGCCAAGUGCAUCUGAGGCGAUUCCACAAACCCCGCUGGGUAUUCCCCCACCAAUUGGCUUUGAUAAUAUUCUACCACCAAAUCCAUUCGUAUCAACACAAACCGCAAAUCAAAUACCAACUGCGCCGCCUCUAGCGAGCUCCGACAUCGAUACAGUUUCUGUCACAACAACGUCUGUCGCUACAGACGUUCAGGCAUCCCCUUUUACUGGUGACAACACUGAAACUCAGCACUCGGAAAUUGUAAAUUCAUUUUCGAAUUAUUUCUAUCAAACAGCAAAUUUAACAAUUGAUAGUAAACAAAUACAAGCAAAACAACAACAACAGCAAUUACCGCAAAUUGCGCAACCAGCUGCAAACGUGCCCCCAUUGGCGGAUACUAGCUCUUCCUCCGCCAAUUUCUUUGACACUUUUGCGCCGCAGCCGCAACCAACGCAGUUACCUACAGCAACUGACGGGAAUUUGUUAGCAACCCAACAACAGACAAUUACCCAAUCGAACGAAGAUCAACGCUUGCAGAAUUUCUUCAACAAUCCACCGCAACGUGAAAACAACGCCGGCGUAGGUGAUCUCGGCUACGAUUUGGUGCAUAGUGGUCUGGCCGUGCGCCAUUUGGGCUCAGUCACAUCCGUUUCGAAUUUGGUAGAGCCGCCCUCAUCUUCGUGCUCAGAGUUUUCCGAGUUGAAUAACAGUAACCCGAGCGCACGCAUUUUGCCUGCUGAGCUGCAAAUCAGACGUAACCCGGAGAAAAGCAUAAUUUUUGCAGAGACACAGCAAGAAGUGUUGCCAAUAGCUGCUGAAAUCAAGCAGGAAGUGCCAGCAGCAGCGGAGUCAACAAAAAUCGUCGACACACCACUUGAAUCUACAGUCGCGAAUUCCGUUAGCGAAGUGCCGUUGGAGAAGCACUACGAAGAUUUGCCAGAGGAAAUCUUACGUGAGCUGAGAAUGGCCAACCUGUUGACGGGAGAAAAGGCUGCAGCUUCGGCACCGCCAGUGGCUGUGCCCUACUCGCCGGCAGUCAAGCAUUGGUUUUACAAACGUCCAGCCGGUAAUAAUAAGUUUGUCUGGACACCCUUUAGUCACUAUGACUCUGCUUUGCUGGAAAUUACAUUAACGAUGGGCAGUAAUGCGCCGAAUAUUGUCGCCGUCGAGGGUGGACGUUACGAUGUUAAUAUAAGUGAACGCACCAAAACGCCUGUCUACUGGGAGAGUACGCCUAUUGAGGUCAGACGCUGCUCAUGGUUCUUCAAGGGCACCGACUCUAAGAUGGUGCCUUAUGAAGAGUCCAUAGCCGAUCUGCUUGAAAAUGAGUACAAGCAAGCGGUAGAGAGCGGAGAGUGGCAUAAAAAGAUCGUUUUGUCUAUGAACGAGCAGGUGACAUUCCACGGACCCACAGUAAUUGUACACUUCCAGCAGCAGCAAUCCAGCGAUGCCUGGGGUGGCACUACGCAAACGACGACACGACCACGUGUGGUGAAGCGUGAUCUGGAAGAAUUCAGUAUUGAACAGGGCGAAUCACAACGCGUAGAUCACUUGCUGCUCAUGGUGCACGGCAUCGGUGAUGCAUGUGAUCUGAAACUGCGCAGCGUGGAUGAAGUUGUUGAUGACUUCCGCAACAUCGCCCAGGCUUUGGUGCAGUCACACUACAAGAAUUCAACAGAGAUGGGACUAGUUGGCCGCGUUGAGGUUCUGCCCAUUUCAUGGCACAAUCACUUGCAUUCGGAAGAAAUGGGCAUUGACGAGAAGUUACGCUCGAUUACCUUGGAGUCAAUACCGAAAUUACGUAAUUUCACCAACAACACAUUGCUCGAUGUGCUCUUUUAUACAAGUCCUAAGUAUUGUCAGAAGAUUAUGAACACAGUGGCGGCUUCAAUGAAUGAAGUCUACAGCAAGUAUCGUGAGCGGCAUCCCGAUUUCAAUGGUGGUGUAUCGUUGGCGGGGCACAGCUUGGGUUCGUUGAUACUUUUCGAUUUGUUGUGCCACCAGAAGGCACCAAAAGAGAGUGAAGAACGGAAUUUGGAAAAUCCCGAUCAGCUUGGUAGCAGUCCAAUGGAUGUUAGCAAUGACGACGUGAGUGUCACAAGCUAUACAAUGGGUCCCGCUGGCACUGGCCAACCAUUUAUACAUUAUACACAGCUUAACUUUCAACCGAAAAAAUUCUUUGCUCUGGGUUCGCCUAUCGGCAUGUUCGUCACAAUUCGCGGCAUUGACAAAUUAGGCGUAGACUUUCGUCUGCCCACAUGCUCUGGCUUUUACAACAUAUUUCAUCCUUUUGAUCCGGUUGCCUAUCGCAUUGAAGCGCUGGUUAAUCCAGACUUGAGCGGUGUGCGACCGGUGCUGAUACCACAUCACAAAGGCCGAAAACGCAUGCAUUUGGAGUUAAAGGAAACAAUGACGCGCGUAGGUGCUGAUCUAAAGCAACGCUUUUUGGAUACGUUCAAGAAUACGCUAGAGAGUGUUAGCUUUUUGGGUGGCAGUUCGGGGCGGAGCAGUCGUGAGGCGGAAGAGAGCAUGUCGAAGGAAGUGGAUAAGGUCUUAAACAUGCAAAUAGACGCAGAGAAACAUAAAAAGUCCAUCUCAUCCGAAGAUCAACCUGGUUCAUCGCAGGGUAACACAGAUGCGUCGCGUACGCGCUCAGAUUCUGUUUCGACAUCACACUCCGAUUCCGAAAUGGUUGAAAUUGAUUUCCCGCUCGGAAAAUUGAACGACUCCAAGCGGAUCGAUUAUGUGCUGCAGGAGGCGCCACUCGAAUUUAUCAACGAAUACAUAUUUGCACUGGGUGCCCAUGUCUGCUAUUGGGAAUCCGAAGACACGAUACUCUUUGUCAUGAAAGAGAUUUACACCGGCCUGGGCAUUAGUCCCGACAAUCAGGUACCACAGCAGACAAUGACAAUUGAGCGACCCAGCUCGAGAAAUAGCAACCCGCUAUCAUCUAUCAGCGAGAAGCGUUGACUCAUUUGACGUAUUUUAAUAUUUGAGCGGAGUAAUGAUUAACUAGUUUAAAGAUAGUGUUAUAGAUUCAAUACGAUUUCGAUUUCGGGCUAACAAUUUAAAAGAAAUUUGCAUUAAAAGUUAUUGUGUUAUCAUCUUAAUUUACAUUUUCUUAAGUAUUUAUUUUUGUACAGAGAAAGAUACCCAAAUUUGUAUUAAAAUAUUGCUACCUGCACUCCGUCUUCUGUAUAAAGCAAAUACAUUUAAUUUAGCUGUAAUAGUUGUUGUUAUAUAUUAAUCACUUAAGUAGUCUGGUAACUUGUAUUUUUUUUAAAUGUUUUUUUGGAAAUAAUUUAUUUGGAAAAAUAAAAUUCAAUAAAAAAAUAUACUAGUUCCUGCGAGAGAUAAUGAUGAGUAAUAUAACAUAUUCAAAUUUCAGUCCAAUCGGUUGGAUAGAAAAUUUUUUAUCGUCCGUAAGAACGUUGUUUCGAAAGAAACGCGUUUCGAGUUUCAACAACAGAUUAAAUAUGUUAUGUAAUACUGUUACGAGACGCUCACCUAUAAGUGCUAUAACUUCAUAAAUAUUUCAACUUUCGUUCUAAAAUUGUUACAGUGUAUUCUUAAUAUAUAGUACUUUCGAAAAAAAGUCGAUUUUUCCAAACCAAGUUAUCAGACUACUAACUUCAAAUACUACUUACUGACAUGCGAAAAAAACAUACGAAGUAAUUUUUUAACUUUUUUAUUUUAUUUUUUUACUAACAUUGUAUGUACUUGGUAUUUAUGCAAAUUGAGCUUUGACACAAUAAAGAUCAUAAAUAUAAA